GCCCCGCACCAACAUGGCCGCCGCCGCCCGGGCUGCGCCGCCGCCGGAGCCGGCCGUUGCUGGGCAUGCUCCCUGAGUGCCCCGCACCGACAUGGCGCUCGUCUUCAGUGGGGUGACUCUAAUUGUCGGCUCUCGGGUAUAGCCGGCCGGCGCUCAUUUCUACCGAGGGAGCUCUGAGCGCGGGAAGGGAAGGGUGGGUGCGGAGCUGAAAGGUGCGGGACUGCGGGCGUCGGGGCCGGCUCCUGGCGGGAGGAAGAUGGCUGAGGGCGAGCGGCAGGCGCCGCCAGAUUCUUCGGAGGAGACCCCUGCAGCCACUCAGAACUUUAUCAUUCCAAAAAAGGAGAUCCACACGGUUCCGGACAUGGGGAAAUGGAAGCGGUCUCAGGCAUACGCCGACUACAUCGGAUUCAUCCUGACCCUCAACGAAGGUGUGAAGGGGAAGAAGCUGACCUUUGAGUACAAAGUCUCUGAGGCCAUUGAGAAACUGGUCGCUCUUCUCAACACUCUGGACAGGUGGAUUGAUGAGACUCCUCCAAUGGACCAGCCCUCUCGAUUUGGGAACAAGGCCUUCAGGACCUGGUAUGCCAAACUUGACCAGGAAGCAGAAAAUUUGGUGGCCACAGUGGUCCCCACCCAUCUGGCAGCUGCUGUGCCUGAGGUGGCCGUUUACCUAAAGGAGUCCGUGGGGAACUCCACGCGCAUCGACUAUGGCACAGGACACGAAGCAGCCUUUGCUGCUUUCCUCUGCUGUCUCUGCAAGAUUGGGGUGCUCCGGGUGGACGACCAAAUAGCUAUUGUCUUUAAGGUGUUCAAUCGGUACCUUGAGGUGAUGCGGAAACUCCAGAAAACAUACAGGAUGGAGCCAGCAGGCAGCCAGGGCGUGUGGGGCCUGGAUGACUUCCAGUUCCUGCCCUUCAUCUGGGGCAGCUCACAGCUGAUAGAUCACCCGAAUCUGGAGCCCAGGCACUUUGUCGAUGAGAAGGCCGUGAAUGAGAAUCACAAGGACUUCAUGUUCCUGGAGUGCAUCCUGUUCAUCACCGAGAUGAAGACGGGCCCCUUCGCCGAGCACUCCAACCAGCUGUGGAACAUCAGUGCGGUCCCCACCUGGUCCAAAGUGAACCAGGGUCUCAUCCGCAUGUAUAAGGCCGAGUGCCUGGAGAAGUUCCCCGUGAUCCAGCACUUCAAGUUCGGGAGCCUGCUGCCCAUCCACCCCGUCUCCCUGUGCUAGGAGGCUGAGCAGCCAGAGCCGCCGCUGCCGCCGCAGUUCCUGUGUCUGCCCUUCCCGACCCAGCUGUGGUCCCCUCCCGCCCCCUCCCUCUGUUCUUUCUGUUUGGUGAGAGGCUGUUCACUGGGGUGGCAGUGAGGGCGGGGUCGAGGAAGGCUCAGGGCAUGAGGCUGAAAUACCCAAGUUGGGACAAGUGACCAAAGUGUGGCCAGUUUCCUGACUUCCGCCAUGGUGGAUGGUCCCUGGGCCCUGCUCCACCCUAGCCUGCCUCUGCCCCCUCUGCCCGUCCUGUUCUGAGAUCCAGGCUGUCUGUGCCACUGCGGGAGGGAGGCGUUUUGCUGAUUUUGUUGCUCUCGGGGUUGGAGCAGUUGCUCCCCACAGGUGGGCCCAUUUCCCAAGCGGAGUUGGGUGGUGGGUGUGUGCGGGCUGGAGGUGCGGCUGGCGGCAGCCUGGGCUGGAGGGGCAGCGAGAGGCAUUGGCUGUUGUUGCCAGUAACCCUUCAGCUGCUCCUCACGGCUGCGCUGGGCCUUCGAGUACCUGUGUUCAGUGCCUCUUCCUGGCUUUUCUGUCCUCUGGCCUUGGCUGUGCUGGGUCUUCUCCCCGAGAGUAGCCUCUGGCAGCUGCCCUUUGGGUGGGCUGGGCUCUGGGUGAGGCCUCCUCUCAGCUUUCUCUGGCGGGGGCGGGGGGCUGGGGGGUGGCGGCAGAGACUGAGGAGGGGCGUUGGGGAGAACCUAGGUUCCUCUCCGUCCAUUCUUACGACCACUUCUGUUCCUCCUCACCGCGGCUUGCUUUUCCAGGGCCCUUGGCCUUGCUUCCCUGCCCCUAUGGAUGGUGGGUGAGUGGGCUGCAGGAGGCUCAGAAAGCCUGCUCCCUGUCCUCCCACCUCCCUGGACUCACUGCUCAGGAUGAGGGCGUGAUGGCCCCCCAAGCCCAGGCUUAGGCUCUGAGGAUGGGCAGGCCCACCCGAAGGGUGAGGGGUACCAGUAGCAGCAUGUCCACUCCAGAGUGUUCUAGGGCUGCUCCUGGGGCGACUCUGGCAGACCCUCCCCUGCCAAGCCCGGCUGCCCUUCCGCAUUCGCCACGCCUCCUGUCGGCCACACGCCCUUCGGGAGCGGGGAGCACACAGAAGCACAACCCAGGGUUGACCUGGGAGCUGGGUCAGUGGCCUGGCAGAGGCUGGGACAGGAGUCACUAGAGUCACAGAAAUAAUUUCCCAGGAGAGGCCCCAUCAGUGUCCGCCUCCCUCCCAGGUCAGACACCGCCUUCCUGUGUCCCCCAGGCCCCCUCAGCCCCUUGGCGCCUUCAUAGCUGUUCGGAUUAAAGCCUCUGUUUUGCACCUGU